AUGAGCGCGUUCGACGACGAGACCGCCGACGGCAGCGCGACUUGUCGUCAGCCGCCGCGGCCGUGCGACACCAGCAGCAGCGACCGCGUCGUGCAGGGUGCCGCCGCCUGGUCCGGCCCGCAGCUCCGCCGUACCCACAGCCUCGGCACCGAGGUUUACCGCGGCGCGUCCCACGAGCCGCCCCUACGUCAGCGCGACGCGGAUCAUGUGAGUGCACGUGGCGGCGAGAUGCCGUCGUCGGGCCGCCGCGAGGAGGAGAACAUGGAUCUCUGCACCGACAAGGUCCUCUCCAAGGGCAGGAUCCUGCAGGAGCUCACGAAGGCCGUCAAGCUGGUCUAUGCCCAGAGUCUCUACGGUACCGUGGUCUUGGACGGUGACUCCUGGUUGGUUUACUGGCUGGAUCGUGCAUUGCGCCACGGACUGCGCGUAGAGAGACAUGGAUACUGGGGCACUGCCAGAGAGCUCAGCCACCAGGACACAGUCGUGGUCAUACACGCACUGCAGAGUGUAUUGACUUCGAUAGGGAAAGGUCGAGCAUGGCUCUACCACACCCUGAGCGAAGGCAGUUUUGAGAGCUAUCUGGCCUGUUUACUGCGAGACACGAAGACAUUAAAGAAACAGUACUUUCCACAUGCACUCGUGCGAGAUGUUGAUAAGACCAAUCAAUUGGUUAAUCUUCUCGCCGGUCUGGAAAACGUGUCCUUCACAUUGCAAUUGGAUGUGACAUAUUUGGACAUCUGCAACUACAUGCCACAGAGGCCUAUGAGCGUAAAUCCAUCGGGAACAGUCUUAUCGUUGCAUCUAAGAUCCUCUAGCGUUUCAUCGAGCCUAGCCUCUCCGGGGGACAGUGGCGUUGCGUUCGACAGCGACAUGGACAUGGCAAACGAGACUGACGGAAGCAGUUACAAGGAGGAGGAUUAUCCGAUGGACGAUAUUCCUAAAUACCGGAAUAACAGGUACAAGAUUAUCAGCAAUCGCAUGGAGGACAAUAAGAACUUUGGAUCCAGCGACUCGAGCGAGGACGGCAAAACGCCGACGCAGUCACCGGCGAUCACCAAAUUUCAGACUGCUAUGAUGACGAAAAAUGACAUAGUCAAUCAGAACGUAACGCGAAAAUUGGAUGACAAUGAAAUGAAUUGCUCCAGCUUGGAGACUCUCAAGGACUACGAUUUCUACAGUAAGAGUAUGGACGAGACGAAAUUGGAUAAAACGAACAAGAUCGAUAACGGCGUGAAGGACUUCAGUAAGCGAAGCACUUAUUACAGCGAGAGUCCCGCUUACAGCUUCAAAAAGAGCGUAGACCCUCGUAAUUCUUACGUAAUCAAUAACGAUACAAAUCUGUUGGAGCUGAGCAUGACGAUCUCCGACUGCGACAACAUGGACGCGCCUUACGGUAUCCUGAACACGAUCAACAUGUCCGACACCAGCAUUCUAUCUUCCUCCAGUUCGGAGGCCAUAGUGCAACGUAGGCAGCGCAAAAAGAAGCGCGGCGAGAGCAAGAAGCGGGUCAGCUUCCACGAGGACAUCCUGAAAACGAUGAAGCUGGAGGACGACGAGAAUUUUGCCGACUUCUCCAUGAGUUUCCUGCUGCCCAGCUCCGUUCUGAAGAGGGACGCUCAGAAGGGCAGGUACAGCUGGUGCGCACACGGGGACUCGCCGUACGUGCAGAGGAGCGCGGACGACGGCAGGAACGUGCACUCGGACUGCUACUCGUUCUCGUCCUCGUCGUCGAGCGGCGCGUUCGACGGCGACGGAACCGACAAGCCGUGCGUCGACAUGCCCGCGUGUCAGCGCAGCUGCAGGUGCAACUGUAAUUUACCGUUGUUGGAGCGCGGAGCGCCGGAGGGUCAGGAGGACCCGGGCAAGAGUCUGAGGCCUAAGAUGGAGAUAGAGCUGGGGGAGAACGAGGCGCAGGAAGCCUACAUCGUCGAGAAGGCGUGCGGCAACAUCGUCGAGGACCCGCCGGUCAAGCUGGAGAUGCCGCAGUCGGUGAACCCGAAGAAUUACGCGAGCUCGAACGACUGGUCGGAUGCGGACAGCGUGACGACGUCCGAUCUGGACGAGCGCAGGAGCGGCAGUCGGCACUUGCUCUCGCCGUCGAAGAAGCGCAACGUGACGGCGAUACUGACGGGCGAGAGUAGCAACAAACUCCUGGCGCCGCCUUUGCGCCAGGCGCCGUCGAAGACGUCGUUGCUGAGCAGAUUUCUAAAGUCGAUCACCGAGCGGAAGUUCGAGAUCAGGAAGAACAAGAAGCCGAAGGCGAACACUCUGUACAUCAAGGGGAUCAAGAUGAACUACGAUUCCUUCAAGGAUUUCAACGACAAUCUCGACAAGGAGAUCCAGGAGAGCGUGGCCGCCGAGAAGCAGGUGUUCAGCGGCGAGAAAGUGAGCCUAAAGCUGCGCGAGCUCUUCAAGCGGCAUAUCUAUCGCGACAAAACGGAGGAGCUGUACAAAGUAUACAAAGUGCGAAGUUCGUACAUGACGAACGGCGAGAGCAAGCCGAUGAUCGCGUUAUUGACAGACAAGACGCUGUACUUGACCGGCUCGAAGAUGGACCACUCUUACAGUAAUCAGUUUGUUAUUCCUUACAAUGAACUGGAUGUUAUUAUGAUCGGCCCGAAUGGACAAAGUAUUUUAAUUUCCAACGCCGAUUGCGAAAUGCAGUAUCUAUUCUCCACUGGCAGCUCGCAAACUACCUCAGAAUUAAUCGGCCACUUAGAGAUGGCCAUGAGACGAUCGCCGACGAAACCGAGGCUUCCUGCUGUUAAAGAAUUGAGCUACGAAGAUAUGCACAUUCUGAGGAAUUCAAUUCUUACUGAUACAGCUGUACAUCCCGAUGAAAAAAUAGAACAUUACAGCCUUAUUUAUAUGGAAGACGAACACAUGUCGCCGCCUAGUACGCCGUGCGGGCCAAUGAAAGAGGGCGAUCUGAUGUUCCGGCCGCACACCUAUCAGCACUUGCAUCCGAACGCACCCACGCAUCCCUGGGAGGCCGGCUAUUUCGUUCUGAAAGGCGGAGUGGUUUAUAUGUUCGCGGAUUCGAAUCAGCGGCUUCCCAAGCGUGCUAUACCGCUGAAAGGCGGCUUAUGCCAAGGCUGCAGAAGAAUCCCCAACUCCCAUCGGCCGCACACCUUCGAGAUACUGCUGAAGCCCAACAAGUCGUACCAGUUCGCUGCCCCGGACGAAUACGUGGCUUCCGAGUGGUUACAGAGCUUCGUUCAGAGCGCGUCGGGUCUGUUCGACAGUACGGAAAAGAGAGAGCCGUUACCAUGCAGUCUUAUCACGACCACGAAACACCUGGUGGCGAUGAAGGAGGUCCAUCCCGGCACGCAGAGAGGCCAGACGCUCUCGUGCGCUUCCAUCAAAGAUCUAACGGCGUUCAGGGUACCGUUGCUACAGCAAUCGUGGUGUAUAUUGGAAUUCGCGUGUCGAGAGGUGCACGAAAGUAGCGGCGAUUGGGUCAUAUACUUCACGAAUUAUAGCGAGCUCCGUGCUUUCAAAGAGGUCCUGGAAACAUUGUGGACCGAUGCAAACUUGGGCGAAUUCCCUAUGGCAACACUUCCACCGGAGGACAAAUUGCAGCGACGUUGCUCGGACGCCAGCAGGGAUUUGGAACACGCCUGGCGGUACUUGCUGCCACCGGCUCUAGAAUAAAUAGAAGAUUCGACCGAUAGACAAUAUAUACACCGUCAUUCGAGAAACUAUUUUAUCAUAUUGCCAUAAAAGAGACUCUCGUAAAGGUAGAGAACGUGAAGCGGAACUCUCGUACAACAGCAACGCACGCGCAUAUUCAGGUAAACGAAUUGAAUAUUGAAAAUUCAAACAUUACAGUGUAUCGUAUGCCAAAGAUGAGUCGCUUAUACAAAUACACAAAUCUUCUUUGCUUCGGUUGCAAAUAAAAUGCCAUAUAUCUGUCACUUGGAACUAGAACAGUCGGUGUUAUUUUGUGGCUUAACUCUAAAGUAGAAUCAUAGUUUAUGUCCUUAUUUGGACUGGAUUUAUGGCGUAAUAUGAUGAAUUUCUAAUUUCAAGAUACAAAUAUAUGUGCAAUAUAUUCUCGCUAUAUCGCGGUGUUGAUGAGAGAUUGAGCGUUAUCUUGCAUAUAAGAUAUAUAAGUUGCCUCAAACGUAUAGAUAACUAUUUAGGGAGAUCGCAAAAAAAAAAAAUGGUGCAUUAUCUUUCUUGUAGCGUAAGCCACCAUUAAUAAGCUCUACUAUUAAUUUAUAACGAUACGCAGAGAAUGUAAUAUAAUGAUAACUGUGAGACACUAUUGAUUUACUAUAUGAAUGUCUAUAUAUUCACGUAUAUUGAAGAGACGAACCAGUAUGCAUUUGAAUACGCACGAUUGAUAAAGUAGAUAUUUAUCGUCCGAGAUGAUAUGAAAUUCACUUAUUAUAGCUUUGACAAAGAAUAAUAGUAAAAUAAAUCGCUUUUGAAAUUGA